AUGCAGCGUCAGCUGGACCAGCUCCCUCAAUGGCUGGAUAAGUGGCGUCUCAGAGUAAACGUUUCGAAGACCCAAGCGAUCUCCAUGGGACGACGACACCCACCACAGCCCCCCUCCCUGAUGGGACAACCCCUCCAAUGGGCACGGACGGUCAAGUACCUGGGCGUGACCAUCGACCGUGGCCUAUCAAUGAAACAACAUACGAAGGAAGUCGUUGAGAAAUCGCGAGCCGCGCGUGCUCUCCUGCGACCCGUUCUCCGAUCCGAUCUCCCCCUCCGAGCCAAGCUGGCCGUCUACAAGACAUACAUAAGAUCGCACCUAACAUACGCCGCUCCCGCCUGGUAUGCCUUAGUCAAGGAACCAGAGCGUGGACGCCUGCGCGCCCAGCAAUCACUAGUGCUGAGGACUCUUGUAGACGCGCCGUGGUGCGUUCGGAACGCGACCAUCGCCAGAGACCUACACAUGGAGAGCCUCGACGACUUCAUAACUCGACUGAGUCGGGCCAUGUUUCAGCGCGCCGACGCGUCGACCUUCGCACACAUACGCGAAGUGGCCCCGUAUCACAGACGCCCGCCAGACGGACACGCCCUGCCGCGAGAUCUUCUUCCCGCGGCCCUACCCGGACUUACCCCACACAAACAUCCGCCGUAA